CUAGUAUUUACCAUUACUACAGCCAUAAUAUUGCUUUCCUGUUCAUGCCCUUAAUUCUCGAAGUCUGUGUUGACUCGACUGAGUCUGCUUUGGCAGCCGUUGAUGCAGGAGCGGAUCGUCUUGAACUCUGCAGCAAUCUAGGUCUUGGCGGAGGAACUACUCCCAGCCUUGGUCUGUUGAGAGCUAUUCGAAAGGUGGCACCUAUAGUUCCGAUCAUGAUUAUGAUCAGACCUCGGACUGGUGACUUUGUGUACACUGAGGCUGAAUUUGAUGUGAUGGUCGAGGAUAUACGUUAUUUUAGAGAGAAUGGCGUUCAAGGCGUUGUGUUUGGCGUUCUCACUCCUGAAGGAGAUGUGGACGUGGCCCGUACUCGGCGUCUUGUCUCAGAAGCUUUGCCUCUACAAGUCUGUUUUCACCGAGCAUUUGACAUGACUCGUGACACGAAGAAUGCAUGGCACCAGUUGUCCCAAAUCGAUGGACUCACCCGCAUCCUGACGAGCGGUCAGGGCACGACCGCCACCUCAGCUAAUUCUCUCGAUGUCUUAAAGGAUCUACUUGACCUUACAAAAUACCAGGAUACACGCAUCGAAAUACUUCCAGGGUCUGGCAUUAAUUCAUCCACCGUCGGCGCUUUAUGCCAGGCGUUGCUGCCCCAUGGGCUACGUGAAGUGCAUAUGAGUGGUGGACAUUGGACCGAUGGAGCCUCGAUUUGGCGUCGAGACGGAAUGGGCAUGGGCGUCGGCGGAGCUAGUGAAUGGGGAAUUUGGCGGACAAACGCAAGCGCAAUCCGUGCAGUCAAAGAUGUCAUCGAUUCCUUUAAAGUAUGAUAAUUAGGUUUAUUGAACGGGAAUUUUGAACUUUCUCAUUUACAUACUCA